UCGGAACAGUGCUUCAGGAUAAUCAGCCUCCUCGAAACAAAGAAAGCUGAAGGGUCGAUGUCAUAGUAACGUAACCACCUGCACGUCUUUAUAAACAUCUUUAGUAUUAGUUAACUGCAGCAUGUUAUUAAUUUCCUCGCUCGACGAGCGUUAACAAUAUAGUUUAACUUACUGAAAUAAGUGAUGAUGUGAUUUGGAACCGUUAGCUCACUUUAGCUUCGUAACGCUAGCUAGUGUGCUGUAAUUUAUUUACGGUGGAUUAAUAGAAACCUAAAUAUCAUCAUCGACAUGUUCAUUUACCUUAGCAAAAAGAUUGCUAUACCCAACAAUAUCCAUCUGAGGUGCAUCUCCUGGAACAAAGAUCAAGGCUUCAUCACAUGUGGAGGAGAUGAUGGUCUCCUGAGAGUGCUCAAGCUCGAAACACAGACAGAUGACAUUAAACUGAAAGGACUUGCUGCCCCCAGUAAUCUCUCAAUGAACCAGACGUUAGAAGGACAUAGUGGAGCAGUACAAGUGGUAACAUGGAAUGAACAGUAUGAAAAGCUGACAACUAGUGACCAAAAUGGGCUCAUCAUUGUGUGGAUGCUCUACAAAGGUUCCUGGUAUGAGGAGAUGAUCAACAACCGGAACAAAUCUGUGGUGAGGAGCAUGAGUUGGAAUGCCGACGGUCAGAAGAUCUGCAUCGUGUAUGAAGACGGAGCAGUAAUUGUUGGAUCUGUUGAUGGUAACCGGAUUUGGGGAAAGGAGCUUAAGGGAAAUCAGCUUGCUCAUGUGGCGUGGUCACCAGACAGCAAGAUCCUCCUCUUUGGAAUGGCCAAUGGGGAAGUACAUAUCUAUGACAGUCAAGGAAACUUCAUUAUGAAAAUGACCAUCAGCUGUCUUUCAAAUAUGACUGGAGCCAUCAGCAUAGCAGGUAUUCAUUGGUACGCAGGCGCUGGGGGUUAUGUGGAGCCAGAAUGUCCAUGCCUCGCUGUCUGUUUUGACAAUGGAAGAUGCCAGAUCAUGCGCUAUGAAAAUGAUGAAAACCCAGUCUAUAUUGAUGCACAGAUGACUGUAGUUAGUAUCCAGUGGAACCCCUGUGGCAGUGUGCUGGCACUGGCAGGUUUCCCCAGAGUGUCAAAUUUGGAGAAAGACUUCAACGUAGUGCAGUUCUACACACCAUUUGGGGAGCAUCUGAGAACUUUGAAAGUGCCUGGGAAGCAGUUGACAGGAGUCACCUGGGAGGGAGGGGGUCUGCGUAUUGGCCUGGCUGUGGAAUCUUACAUCUUCUUUGCCAACAUAAGACCUGAUUACAAGUGGGGCUACUGCUGCAGCACAGUUGUGUAUGCCUAUACAAAGCCAGAGCGACAAGAGUACUGUGUGGUGUUCUGGGAUACCAAGAACAAUGAGAAGUUUGUCAAGUAUGUCAAGAGCCUGAUGUGCAUCGCCACCUCAGGAGACUUCUGUAUCCUGGCCACAAAGUCAGAUGACGCUCAGUCUCAGGAGGAUGCUGAGUUAGAGUCUGGGAGUUAUGCAAGGUAUGUCCUGUUUUUGUGUAAUUCUAUUGGGACGCCAUUGGAUUCAAAAUAUAUUGACAUCGAUCCACUGUUUGUCACCAUGACGAAGACGCAUGUGAUUGCUGCAUCCAGAGAAGCUUUCUAUAUCUGGCAGUACAGAGUAGCGAAGAAAUUAACAGCCGUGGAAAUCAACCAAGUGACCAGAAUGAAGAAGGAGGGAAGAGAGAGGAUCUAUCACAUUGACAGCAAUCCAUCUGGAGGAAAUGAUGGAAAUAUAGAUUUUGCAAAAGCCUUCACAGAAACACAAGAUCCAAUCUGUGGGAUUACAGCAACAGAUAAAACCCUGAUUGUGGGCCGUGAAUCUGGUGUAAUCCACAGAUACACCCUCCCGAAUGUGGUCCUCAUCCAAAAAUACACUUUAAAUAACAGAGCCCACCAUCUUUUCUUGAACUGCAACUCCAGUCGUCUGGCCAUAAUUGACAUCGCAGGUGUGCUGUCGUUGUUGGAUCUGGAAGCCCGUUCAUCCUCGGACAACAGCGCUUCGAGCCAGGCCUCUGCAGGAGAUCCAUCCAAAUUUGAACGCAAAGAUGUUUGGGAUAUGAAGUGGGCAAAUGACAAUCCUGAUCUCUUCGCCAUGAUGGAGAAAACCAGAAUGUAUGUUUUCAGGAACCUGGACCCAGAGGAACCCAUCCAAACAUCUGGGUACAUCUGUCAUUUUGAGGAUUUGGAAAUCAAAUCUGUCCUGCUCGAUGAAAUCAUGAAGGAUCCGGAGAGGCCAAACAAAGACAACAUCAUCAACUUUGAAAUCCGCUCUCUGAGAGACAGUCGAGCACUGAUAGAGAAAGUGGGGAUUGAAGAUGCCUCACAGUUCAUUGAAGACAAUCCUCAUCCCAGACUCUGGCGUCUGCUGGCUGAGGCUGCCCUCCAAAAACUGGAUCUGAAGAUGGCUGAGCAGGCCUUUGUGCACUGCAAAGACUAUCAGGGAAUUGAGUUUGUCAAGCGCCUGGGCAACCUGCAGAGUGAGGCCAUGAAGCAGGCGGAGGUGGCGGCUUAUUUCGGCAGGUUUGAAAAAGCUGAGAGGAUGUACUUGGAUGUGGAUCGCAGGGACCUUGCCAUAAGCCUCAGGAUCAAGCUGGGAGACUGGUUCAGGGUACUCCAGCUGCUCAAAACAGGUUCUGGUACCUGUGAUGAUGCUCUGAUGGAACAGGCUUACAAUGCCAUUGGAGACUACUUUGCUGACAGACAGAAAUGGGCCAGUGCAGUGCAGUACUACGUUCAGGGUCAUAACCAGGAGAAGCUGGCAGAGUGUUACUACAUGUUAGAGGACUAUGAUAACCUCGAGAGACUGACUGAUUCUUUACCAGAGAAUCAUAAACUUUUGCCGGACAUUGGACAGAUGUUUGCCACUGUGGGCAUGUGUGAACAGGCUGUUAACGCCUACCUGAAGUGUAACCAGCCUAAAGCCGCCGUAGACAUGUGCGUCCAUCUGAACCAGUGGAACAAAGCCGUGGAACUUGCCAAGAACCACAACAUGAAGGAAAUUAAACCUCUUCUGUCCAAAUGUGCCUCACAUCUGCUGGAGAACAAUAAAAUUCUGGAGGCAGUGGAACUAUAUCGUAAAGCCCAUCAUUUUCUGGAUGCAGCCAAACUCAUGUUUAAGAUCGCAGAGGAAGAGGCUAAAAAAGGGACUCGACCACUGAGGGUGAAGAAGUUGUACGUGCUGGCAGCGCUCCUCGUGGAAAAUUACCACACGCAAGUGAAGAUUUCACAGCAGAGCAGAGCCAAGGGAAAAAAGUCUGAGGUGACGUUUGCACUUACUGGGCUACUUGAGGAAGAUUUGACAUCGUCAGACAAUCGUAUUGUGGACAAUGCCUGGCGUGGAGCGGAGGCUUAUCACUUCUUCCUGCUCGCUCAAAGGCAGUUGUAUGAAGGCUACAUGGACAACGCCAUGCACACAGCUUUCCACCUCCGUGAGUACGAGGACAUCAUCCCAGCCGUGGAGAUCUACUCCCUGCUCGCCAUUUGCUCUUCGGCCAACUUGGCUUUCGGCACAUGUUCGGCAGCUUUCAUCAGGCUGGAGUCCUUGGAGAGCCUGAAGCCUGAACAGCAGCAGCUUUAUGAGAAUCUCGCCCUGGAAAUCUUCACCAAGCACCGCCCGAAGGACAGCCGUGUGUUUGAGCUGGACACGUCAGAGGGGCCUGAAGGGAAGUUACCCACGAGCAUUGUGACGGGUUUGUCCAUCCAAGAGUACCAGUUCUGGAUGUGCAGUGUGUGUAAACACUGCGCCCUGGAGCAGGAAAUCAGCAAAUAUCACUUCUGCCCGUUAUGUCACACCUCUGUGGCCUGAAGCUCCGGAAUUCACAAAUACUGUAUCAGCAGUUGC